CAGAGGGCGAAAAGGAAAGGAGCCGAGUGCCGACGACACUGUCGAGUUUGAAAACUGGUUUAGCGCCCGCGUCGAAGGAGCGAUGAGCUGCUAGCGAAAAUUGGCGAGCGUGCGCCGGCGAAUCAGUUUUCUCUCUGUCUCUCGCGAGCGCCUUUUACAAUCCGAUCGUAAAGCCCAAUCGAUACUCUCCGAGUCUCCGUGCUCGCACGCCGGAUGGAAUUGAAAAUUUUCGCUGCGACGACAGCCGCUAUCAGACGCUGUAAUCUAAUCUCGUGCAGUCGCGAUUGGUGAAGGAACGAGAGGCAUCUUUCUGCCACGGUUGCGCUGAAUCUGCGAAAAGUUUGGUGUGCAGUUGGCCAACCAGCGAGAAGAGAGGAGCUGUACAUUCACCGCCAGGACGAUCACGAAGAAGCGAAUCGUUGACAGCCGGAACCCUUGCGGCUGCCCCAGCUACUAUAGACUGAUAAAUGCAUUUAAACGAGGAAGACAGAGGUCAAUCGAAGAACGCAAGAUGAAGAAUAUCGUGAGAGUGAUAAAUCUAGUUCACAGACUUGUUGAACUGAUCGCCAGAGGUUUCUUUCUGCUCGUUGCCUAUAUCAGUGGCCCUGCAGAAUGUCAACCGUGCAUCACGGAUUUGACCCUUAUGCACAGUGCAUCGGCACUUGCGCUAAAGAUUCGCAAUCGUCAGUUAUCGUCGGAGGAGGUAGUCAAAUCUUACAUCACAAGGAUCAAUGAGAUUCAACCGAUUCUCAAUUGCGUCUGCGAAACACGCUUCGAGGAAGCACUCAAAGAGGCUAAGAAAUGUGACGAGCUGCUCAAGGUACUCAACGGACCUUCGGCCGAUGUUCUUGCAAAGGAUAAACCUUUUUUCGGCGUUCCUUUCACGACAAAGGAUUGUAUUGCCGUUGAGGGUAUGAAGCAAACAGCUGGUUUAGUAGCCCGUAAAAAUUAUCGUGCUGAUAAGGAUUCAGAAGGAGUGAAACUUAUGAGAUUAGCUGGAGGUAUACCGAUCGCAACGACGAACGUAUCCGAGCUUGCGAUGUGGUGGGAAAGUACAAAUCGUAUUUAUGGAACUUCUAGAAAUCCUUACAAUACUAGGCACAUUGUAGGUGGUUCUUCUGGUGGUGAAGGUUGUCUACUUGCGGCAGCUGGCUCGCCGUGUGGCAUAGGUUCAGAUAUAGGUGGAUCAAUUCGAAUGCCAUCAUUUUUCAAUGGGAUAUUCGGACACAAACCCUCUAAAGGGAUUGUAUCGAAUGAUGGACAAUAUCCGAGUGCUGAAACCGAAGAUCAAGAACAGCUUUUAGCUCUUGGACCUAUGUGUAGAUUCGCUCAAGAUUUGGCACCCAUGCUGCAAGUAAUGGCUCAUAAAAAUGCUGAUAUGCUGAAUUUGCAAAUUAAAGUAGACGUCUCCAAGCUCAAGAUAUACUAUAUGGAAGAUGACGGCGGACAACUAUUGGUAUCAACUGUUGAUCACGAGAUAAAAGAAAGUAUGAGACGUGUAGUACAGUUCUUUAAAAAAGCCCACAAUGUCAAGGCAAAGAAAGUCAAUAUUCGUAAUUUUAAGAAAAGUCUAGCUCUAUGGUUUGCAUGUAUGGCAACUGAACCGGGAAAAGAUUUUGCUUAUGAAAUGGCUAAUAGAAAAGGUCGCGUGAAUGUAUUGCUGGAGUGGUUAAAAUUUAUAACAUUUUGUUCUGACCAUACUCUGUCAGCUCUAGUAACUUCAUCGUUUGAAACGUUCAAUGUUCAAUAUGGCAGCGAAACAGCUAAUAAGUUGAAAGAGGAGUGUAAAGAGCUGCAGCAAGAGUUCAAGGAUAUGUUGGGCGACGACGGAGUCUUUUUGUAUCCAACGCACCCCACAGCUGCGCCCAUGCAUUAUGAGUCAUUCGUGAAACCUUUUAAUUUUUCCUAUACGGGCAUCAUUAAUGUGCUAGGUUUACCAGCUACUGCCUGCCCACUUGGAUUGAAUAAACAAGGGCUUCCUAUUGGAAUACAGGUUGUUGGUGGACUCUAUCAAGACCGCAAUACAUUAGCUGUGGCCGAGGAGCUGCAGCGUGCAUUUGGAGGCUGGGUUCCUCCGGAGAUAGCUGAAUGAAAAAUCAAUGCAAAUUACUUGUCUAGUUUAUGGUUCAAAACCGCCGAACAAUGCCUUAGCCUCAUUUUUUUUAAUGAGGCCACAUGUAUUUUUUGAAAUUAUGCGAGAGAUCUCAUGUAAAUGCGGUUAAUGCCGUUAUUUAAUUUACAAUACACACAAUGGAAAGAGAUUUUAUAUAUAUAUACAUUCAUAGCUAUAAAAAAAAUUUGUUGAUGCAUUGAAAGGAAAAAAAGGCAAUUAAUGUUGAUCUAGAUAUGCGAUGAUGCAAUUAAUUUUUACCUACUAGAUUGCUGUAUUCCUAUUAUAUAUCUCGAUCAAAUUAUAUUUUUGUGUAUACGGAUGAAAUAAUGAUGUUCUAUAUAAUUAUUUGU